AUGAAUGAUAUUUACAAUUUAGUAUUUCGCACGUGUAUGGCAGAUCGACUUGAACAACAGUCUUUAGUUCCUCAAUUUCCCACAUCCCAGACUCCACAUCAUCAAGUAUUGCGUCCAUCACCAAAUCCGUCCACACACCAGUCACCUUCAGGUCAAUCCACAUCCCAUUCUCUACACCAUCAAGUAUUCAGUCCACCACCAAAUCCAUUCACACACCAGUCACCUCCAGGCCAAUCCACAUCCCAUUCUCCACACAAUCAAGUAUUCAGUCCAUCACCAAAUCCGUUCACACACCAGUCACCUCCAGGCCAAUCCACAUCACAUUCAUCACAAUAUCAAGUAUUCAGUCCAAUACCAAAUCCGUUCACGUACCAGUCACUUCCAGUUCCUUCCACAUCUCAGACUCCACACCAUCAAGUAUUCAGUCCAUCAUCAAAUCCGUCCAAAUACCAGUCACUUCCACACCACAAAACAAACAGUUCAUCAUCACCUCUAGAUCACUUCCCAGUUCAAACUUCCCAAGAAAAUUUUCUAGAAUCAGCACGAUAA